AUGUCUCGAAGGUAAUUCAGCCCACCUUUCCUGAUUCAUCCCGUCAUUUCAUUCGUUUUCAGGCAAAGUGUAGUCGAUGCGUACUCGAGCGUCGAAGCUAAGAUCCGGGACACGAUGCGCGAAUUGUCCGGGUUAUGGGACGAAGUGGACAUGUCCGAAUCGAUGCGUUUGAAAAGAGUUGACAAUGCAUUCACACACAUAACACAGUUAUGCGAUGAUAUGGUGUGCCAGAAAUUCUGAAGAAGGCAAUAAAUUUGCAAUUUCAGCUUUCGGGCGAGAAGGAGAUGGUGCACAAUUUGAAAGUUAGUAUCCGAGAAGAUAUGAAGAGUGUGAGCAGAAUGAGGAACGAGCUCGAGAUGGAGGUCUUCCAGAGGCCGGCAGAUAUAAAGGACGGAUCGAUCAGUCUGAUGAGACAUCUGCAGUCGGAAGUGAAACAACUCGAAGUGGAGUUCCAGAAAAGACACGAAGAUCAGAGAGUUCUCGUUGAGAAGAUCUGCAAUCUCAAGAAAAGACUUGCAUCCGAUUUCGAAUUCGAAUACGAAACACAUUCAGUGAGUCUGUUCUCUUUUGGCCAGAAUAAUAAUACGAUUUUCUCAGCUCUUCCCAGUCGCCUCACUUCAAAAGUACGAAAAUGACUGCGGCGAAAUGGAGGAACUUCUGAACAAUAGGUACACGAAGGUCGCACAGCUUGAGGCGGACAUAAAACGAUGGAGAAGCAUGGCGGAACGAGUGGCCGAAUACAUUCAAGGAGACGAAGAUUUGCGCGACCUGCUCGAUAGAAACAUUGAUUCCACCGACUUUGUUUUCUCAGAAGAAGUGGUUUCAGCUCUCGCAGCGUACCACCGAGAUCUUAAGCCAAUAUACAUUCACUGGCUAGAGGACAUCGAGUUCAGAUGGACAGAAAAACACCAGCAGCUCGUGGAUCUUUGGGAAAAGUGUCUCGUGGCACCAGGAGACAGGCAUUACGGAGCCGUCUUCGAACCGAGCCGUCAAUCGGAAGAGAGUCUACGUCGCAUGUGCGAAGAGUGCGAUAGAUUGGAAAAGAAAUAUGCAGCAUGCAAAACUGUUUUCGAUUUGGUUGACAAGUGGAAGAACGUGUGGGGCGAGAAGCUCGGAAUCGAAGACAAACGACGUCAGCCGGAUUAUUACAAGAAAGUGAAUGUGCUGCCGGACAACAAGAGAGAACGAGAGUUGCUGGCUCAAAUGCCAGUACUGGAGAAGGAGAUCCGAGCAGCUCACAAAAAAUAUCAGGAUGAGAACGAAGGGGAAGAGAUACAUGUGCAGGGGAUGCUGCCCCACGAUUACAUAAAAUUUGUGCUGGAAGAUCACAAAAGAGAGCUGAAGUUUGAACUCCAACUAAAGAAAGAAGAGAAGACGAGGCUGCUGUCGCCCCAGCCAGCCAGAACACCGAGAACUCAGAAACGAGCCGCCCCACUCUUCCGGACUCCGAUGUCGACGGCGAAAAUGGAGCCAGUGGCCAAGGUAAGACUAGGAGGGCGACGUUCUGAGCGUAUUGAGGACAAUUUCAGAGAUUGAACUACGACGCAGAGUUGCCUCCGUGCAUGUCUCCAGCGACUUCAGAAGCCAUCAGUUUCAUCACUCCGACUCGCAGACAACCGGGCGGUCCGAAGACAUCGUCACCGAAAGAGACGAUCUCUCGAACGACGACGCCCUUAUCGAAAAGAGCAAUGACGCCCUCGUCGGUUGCCUCGUCGAACAAACGACCUCUGUCCCGUCGCAACUUGCAUUAUUGA